CUCUUUUUACUCUCGCCCGUGACAUCCUCACCUUCCACGAUUACUCCUCGCAAUUCUUCUCACACGCCCGCAGGACAGCAUCGCCAAAGAGCCACUAUCGCUUGGCACAUUGUCGGGAACAAAACAUCCGCGCAAGCGCUUCGGCAACCCGUCCCAAAGACCACGCCCGGGACGGCCCAGACCCUCUCUUCCCGAGGCCCCCACCAGUUACGACCACCCGCCUGGCCUAGAUUGGCACAACUGCCUGGGAAUCAAAAGAUCCCCAUCCCAGAAUCUUAUGCAAGUGCGCAAAACCCGCACCCUUGCAACAAGCCCAUUCCCAGGUCGUGUUCUCGACUGUCAAGAGCCCCAUUGCCGCCACAAACAGGCAAUUGAUCUGCCAUGCCAGAGGUCGAUCCCCUGAUCCUCUCGUACUCCCACCUCGCCGACUUCCCGCGCGCCAGCGAUGCGCUCCACACGCUCAAGAAGAUUGCGUCCCUCGUCAAGCCCCUGAUGCGGGCGCGCGGAUGGACCGUCCGGCAGCUUACCGAGUUCUACCCCAACCAGGAGAAUCUGCUAGGCCUCAAUGUCAACCGUGGCCAAAAGAUAUGCCUGCGCCUCCGGUACCCGAGCGACCGCUCGCUCUUCCUCCCGCUGGAGCAGGUCGUCGACACCAUGCUGCACGAGCUCGCGCACAAUGUGCACGGCCCGCACGAUGGCAAAUUCCACGCCCUGUGGGACCAGCUCCGUGACGAGCACGAGGCGCUCGCCAUGAAGGGGUACACGGGCGAGGGCUUCCUGUCGCAGGGUCAUCGUCUAGGAGGCUCCGCGAGGCUCCCCAUGGACGAGGCAAGGCGGCUAGCAAGGGCUUCGGCGGAGCAGAGAAGGCGCCAGCAGCAGCAGCAUGGCCAGCAUCCGGCCGGCGGAGGAUAUGGUGGCCGGAGACUUGGGGGUUCGGCGGCACGGCCAGACCGUGACAUACGGAGCACGAUAGCGGACGCCGCUGCCCGCCGGAAUAAUAGGAUAUCCCGGGGCUGCGCCAAUGACAAGCAGUCUGCCGACGAGAUCCGGGCCAUCGCCGACACGGCAACGAGGAAUGGCUUCCGUACCCAGGCCGAAGAAGACGCUGCAAACGAGGCCGCUAUCGCGCAGGCACUGUGGGAGCUCGUCCAGGAGGACGAGAAGGCGCGGCUGGGAGAUGCAUACGUCCCCCCGACAGCUUACAUACCUCAGGACGGCGAGAGCCCUACGUCGAUGUCACGAGAUGCAACACAUCCGACCCGUCAAUCCUCUUCCACACUGCGAGAAGGUGCGCGGACUGGGACGCGCACAGCAGCGGGCACGAAUAAUGACCAAAAGGCAGCGAGCAAUAGUAGCAAGUGGUCGUGCGCAGUGUGCACGUUGGAAAACCCAGCGAUAUAUCUCUGCUGCGAUGCAUGUGGCACAGAACGUCGUGUAGCAAACUCUCGAAACGAUGAUGAUGACCCAGCCGGCACGACAGCGCCAGCAACGACUACAGCAACCGAUAAUUCCAAUCACGCCAAGCGCAAACGCACCGAAACCAUAAUAGAUCUGACAAGCCCUGGAGGGGUGCUCCGGCGCGGAAGGAACGACAACGCUGCCACCAAAUCAUUGUCGUCCACGUUGUCGGCGACACCCAUUGGCGGCGGGCCAGCCCGAGUAACCCAUGCAACACAAGCUUCCUCUGCGCCACACCCGAAGUCUUCGCCGGCAACGUGGACGUGUAGCUUCUGUGGGCGUGUGCGCGAGCGGCAAUGGUGGAGCUGCGACUUGUGCGGCAAGGUGAAAGACAGCUCGGCUUAGCUUAGCUCGAGCGGGCAGCUUGUGGCAAUCGCAAAGCAGUUCUACGGCAUAAUUCGAGAAAGUUGACAAUAUAGGCUUCUGACAUUAAAAUGCUCGCAUUAGUCCUCAUGCCUCAUGUCUGCUGGGACAACACAAUUGAUGGUGGCCUGGUCAUUUUGUUUAGACUUCCUUCGGAAUCACCUCGUUGGGGCUAGAGCAGCAAUGACAACGAGGCUGAAGCCUGUGACGUCACCACU